AUGAGAUGCACUGCACUUUUGUCUCUUUUGUUGGCCAGCUUCGCUGCAGCCUUCGAGCAAGAUUUCACUGUUGAGGUUCCACCAGGAAAAUUUCAGUGCUUCUUCCAACCCGUUGACGUUACUAAAAAUAAGUUCUUGGAAAUCGACUAUCAGGUGGUGGAUGGCGGUGACCUUAACAUUAACUUCAUGAUUUUACUAGGAGCUAACGUACUAAUUCAAGAUAACAUGAAAGUUGAUGGAGCUCACAGGUAUAUUUUGUCGUUCUUUUUCCUUUUCUUAUACGAGGUCCAAUGA